CAUCUACUACAACAAUUGGAAUUAUAACACCUAAACCAAAACCGCCAGCAACUAACUGCACGUCUCCUGAAUUGCUAAAUGGAAAUGUUCAGUUUUCUAACAGUACAUGGAUCGGAUCGGUUGCUACUUUUACAUGCAAUGGCAAUUAUUACAUCGCUGGCUCUUGUGAACAAGAUGUCACAUCCGAAUGCCUGAAAAAUGGAACGUGGACAGUAUCAGCACCAAGUUGUGUUCCAAAAGAUAACGGAGUUUCAUUUAGCAUCUCAAAAAACCCUUUCAUUGAAGACUCAGAUGACUUAAUUACGAUAACAUGCAAUUAUAAUAUUACAACAAAUGACUUUAAAACGAUGCUAAUACACAGGAAGUUACAGAGUACGUGGGAAGUAAUCGCAACAUUGUACGAUGACAACAAAACAUUUAUCAACAGUACAAGUAAUUUUGCAAAAGAAAUUACUUACAGUGCUAGUGUCAAAGAAGGCGCAACUUUAUCGUUGUUCGUAAAUGAAUCAGACUUAACGUGUGAAGAUCAGACCUUAUAUCAGUGUCAUGUCGAGUAUAACAAUAAAUAUGGACAGUGUUAUAGCGAAGAAGAUAAAGAGCUGAGGGGAUUCUUUUUUCCAAAUGCUAUUACUCUGGUUGGGAGAAAUAAUGGCAGUCGUAUAGAAAACUCCAGCCGAUCAUAUCCAGCGCAGAUGAAAGUAGGCGAUACGCUAGACCUGAAUUGUACUGCAAACAUUGGCAGCGAUCAUAAUGUAAAAGUUUUAUUGUUAUCUACUACUCUUGUUUCAAAUGGAGAGCUCAUACCUACAACAGGCUCACUAGGAGCAGCAAUAAAGGGCGGCGACUGUCAAUAUAUGCAAAGUGUCACACUUAGCCAUGCCAUAGAUGCGUCAGACAAAUCAAUGGGUAACAUAUCAUACUUAUGCCAAGUGGAAGUGAUCACACCGGAUGUGACAUCGAAAGUUAUUAAGUCAGAUGUCUUUUUUGUUGAAAUAUAUGAUCAGUGCCCUCGUCCAUCGACAAUUGAAAACGGUAAAAUAGUGAUAACGGGAACAAGUAAUGGCUCAAAAGCAGAACUAACCUGUGAUCAAGGUUAUAAAAGAUCUACAGGAUUUGCAACUUGUACAAGCUCUGGGAAAUGGGAUACAAAUAUGAUGUGUAGUAAAAUAGACUGCAAAAAUCUAACGAUACCUUUAAACGGCAUGGUAACCUAUAACAGCAACACCUUCUUCAAUGACAGCGCAGAAAUUACUUGUAAUGAUGGUUACAGUUUAAAAGGACAGAAUUCAUCUUAUUGUCAAGAAAAUGGACAAUGGAGUAUCACAAAUAACACAUGUUUUCUCAAACGAUGUGCUCCUCUUCUACCGCCUAACAAUGGAUUCAUCAAUGUCAAUAAUUACACAACGUUUGUUAAUGAUUCGGUGACAUUUACAUGUUAUCCUGGCUACAAGUUGGUUGGAGCAGCGGUUACUGAAUGCAGUCUUGAUUACACUUGGACCAAUGCAAUACCUUCAUGUAUUAUACAAAAUUGUACUGUUCCAUCUGCUCCAAGCAACGGCUUUUACAGUUUGGCUACCGAAUCGAGCGUUAAUUCAACUGCAAGUCUGACUUGUAAACCCGGUUACAGACAGUUUGGUAAUGGCACAAUACAAUGUCUGGUAAAUGAAACAUGGAGUGAAACGUCAGCCAAUUGUACUUUGAUAGAAUGUCCAAGUCCUACGGCACCUGAUAAUGGAGAAGUCAAUAUUGAUAAUAGAAAUACAGAAGUCAAUGAUACAGUGACAUACUCAUGCAACACUGGUUACAAAUUGUCUGGAACAGCACAAAUUAAAUGCGAUUCAAAUGGAAGCUGGGAUGCAACACCGCCCACAUGCAUUCUGCGAAGUAAGUUCAACAAUAUAAGAGGCUCUCGUUGAUGAUUUUUGUAUCAUCUUUUAAAUCCGUGUAGUAAUUCAAAUACAGACUGCCAGAAAGUUGUAGUGUUUUGCAAGCAGACCGUAC